CCAUGGAAGACUCGUACAACGACAUGGAAGACCCCGGCUUCCGCCAAUUAUCUGACAUGGAGCUUCAAAAAGCGCUGGAAAUGACCAAACAGAGCUCGAUAAAGAACAAUUUGAUGCUCGGGCUCGACAAUGAGCUUGACUUUGAUUUUGAUUUCGACGAGGAUGAGGACCUGGAUCAACCACAAAUGGGCACACGAGCCGAUAAAUCGUUGGGAUUGUUGGCGAAACGAUUUAUUCGAAUGAUUCAGUACUCACCGUAUGGAAGAUGCGAUUUGAACACUGCCGCCGAGGCGCUCAAUGUCCGGCAAAAGCGACGAAUCUACGAUAUUACGAAUGUUCUCGAAGGAAUUGGUCUUAUUGAGAAAAGAAGCAAGAAUAUGAUACAGUGGAAAGGCGGUGAUUUUAUGCUAAACGUGAAGGAAGGGAAACGACAAUCGGCCACAACAGAAGAAGAAGAUCGAAUGGAACAAUUAAAAGCUGAAAUUGAGCAAUUAAAUAAGGAAGAAGAGCUCAUUGAGCAACGUCAAAGAUGGCUUCAGCAGAGCCUCCGAAACAUGACAGAAUCCGUGGAGAACAACAAGCUCAGCUAUGUGCUCCGUUCACAGCUCGCCGAGAUUCAAGGCUCAGAUCUUACGAUUGGAAUUCAAACGAGAGUCGGCACACAAGUUCGGCUCAGUGAUCCGGAGCAAGUCGAGAUACACGGUGGACCAUCUUGGUGUUACCUGAAAGAUCCCUCUGGACCCCUCCGAGCCGCCAUCGUUUCCAACCAUGAGCUACAUGAUUUUGUACAGAGAGAACGAGCAAAACGGCCUGGUGAAGAGCACGUUGACGCUGAUGCUCCAGAUGAAAUGAUGGAUGAUUCAAGAUAUCGGAAUCGGCGGACGAUCAAUGAUGAUGAAAUGUUUGGUUUUGAGCAGAAAGUCCCAGCGAUGAAGCAUCUGGAGCCACCACCGGCCAGCGAUGACUACGUUUAUUCGAGCACCGGAGACGAGUAUCGAGGAGAUUCUAUAGUCGAUUUGUACGGAGAUUAAUUAUUUUAAUAUUUUUUUUUUAAAUUUCGAAUUCUGCGACCAUUUCUCAUUUUACAUCUAUUCAUUUACUCCAAAUUCCAAAUUUUUCCCCAAAAAAAUUAUCGAUGUUUCGGCUCCAAAUGUUAUUAUUUUCCCAUCCACAGUGCCCACACAAUUCAUAAUGUGCCUCUGGAGAAAACCUAACGUAUUUCAAUUUCUAUCCCAAAUUUUUAUUUUUCAAAAAUUUCUCAGAUUUUUAAAUUAUUUGUCACACUUUUUUCUGUAUUCAAACUGAACUUUUUCACUUGGAUUUGUACGUUUUUUUUUUGUUCAAUUUUAAUGGAUUUUCACUUGAAAACCCCAAUAAAAACGGGAUAAAUCGA